AUGGCGAAUAUGAAUGGGACGCAGUUUUCUACCCACGCAGUGAUGGGGCUAAACAACUCCUACAGCUCUUGGCAGACAGAUGCAAACAAGGGCAUCCAAAUAGCAGCUACUGUGGUCAUCUUCCUGGUCGGCGUACCUCUCAACCUGCUGGUGGUUUGGGCCCUUGGGAUGCGGCAUAACCGUCACCUGGUGCGCAGAGGCAGCGGUGAGGAGACGCGUGCUGCCAGUAGUUUCCGUAUUUAUGUCCUGAAUCUGGCGCUAGCUGACCUGGUACUGCUCCUGCGUACCCCCAUCAUGUUGGGCUUCAUCAUCCACAACUACAGCUGGCCGUUCGGUCGUGUCUUCUGUCACGUGGUCAUGUUCCUGCGUGUCCUGGGCUUAUACGCCUCGGCUUUCCUCCUCUGUGCUGUGUCCUUGGAGCGAUGCCUGUGUCUGCUGAGGCCCGUGUGGGCUCGCCUGCGACGCCCCUCCUGGGCUGUCCCUCUGGCGUGUGGCAUCUUAUGGCUUGUAGCCACCAUCUUCGCUGCCCCCUACCUCGCGCAUGCCACGCUGAAGGAAAUUGAUGGCAGACUCCAAUGCCUGGAGAGUGGGAGUUUUAACAUGGGUCUGUUUGUCACUGAAACAGUAGCAGGCUUCAUCUUGCCCCUGCUGGUGUUCUUGGGAUGUAACCUGGCAGUUCUGCUCACCAUUCACCAAGCAGUGCCUUUAACACCCACCACCACCCCCAGCCCGACAAAUGCCCGCAGGAUAACCAGAGUGUACCACGUGCUCUCUCUCACCAUGAUCCUCUUCCUCACCUGCUGGGUGCCAUAUUUUGUUUGUCGGUUCCUGCGUGCUCUGGCCUAUGGGCAACCUCAACGGGCCUCGCUGUAUAUCGGAGCAAUUAAAGGGAUGUACGUAUCUCUGUUCCUGGUUUACACGAAGAGUGCUCUUAACCCGGUGCUGUAUGUUUUUGCUGCCAGAGGCUUAAGCAAUGCUAUCAAAGCUUCAGUUGUCUCGACCAUUGAAAGACUUUUCAAUGAAGACUCCAUGGAGUCCAUAAGAAGGAAGUCACUUAAGAACUCCCUAAAAAACUCACAGAUAUAGCUUUUGAAAUGUAUAAUGUCUUCAAGCAGCUUCAAGGAACUUUUAUUUUGUGACUCCCUUUAGAAAAACUCUUGUUAUACUGCAGCAGGGUCUGACAGUCUGUCCCGCUUAGUCCUGGUUCUUCCAUUACUCCCUUUCCUCCAGCGAAAGAGCAUAGACAGUGUGGUUUCAGCUCAAUCUCAACUGCUGGCCAGGGGAGAAGUCGUUGUCGCAAAGUUUUCCACGUCUUGCCGGAGCUCUGACUGCAGGUCGAAGGCGGCAGCGAAGCCAGGGUCUGUCCACUGCGGGAGGCCCCACUGGAGUUUGAGCUAUAUCAGGUUCCAGGGAGAACAUGCAUAAUUUUAUCAGAAUCAGGAUCCGGCUCCAUGGCACCAUGGCAGACAUUAGGAAUGACAACAAAGAAAAAGCUCAUUUUCUCUUUUAUGCUCUCAUUUGUUUACAGUAUAUGUCAUAUAGAGGCAUCAGUAUUAAAUUGAGUGUUUGAUCAAAAGUUAAAAGGUCCUUGCAGUUACUUUAAAUAUUGCGUUUUACACAUUGGUUUCUUGAUUAUCAUCAUUUGCUUAAAACCCCUAAAAACUGAGCUGUGUACAAAAACAGGUUUGCGGGGUUGAGUUUCUUUAAAGCAAAUGGAGAAAGAGACGAAUUCCAUGUAUUAUGUUUGUUCCUAUAUGUAGAGAUGCAGUGUUAAGUGAUUAGACUAUAACUUCAAGUGAUCAAAGUUAGACCAGUUUGAUUACGACCUCUGUCAGCUCUUGCUUGCGGUUUCUGACAGGAGAUUCCCUCCAGCCUGAAAUACUUUUGAUAUGAAUACUCGGAUCAACAGAGUCAUCAACUGUGAUUUCAGCAUUUCAUAAAAAAGCCAAUUCAUCUCGCAUUGUUUUUCUGACUGAGCAAGGCUGGAUUCUUGCCGUCUGUUGAGAACAACAAGAACUAUGGACACAGGUGUCAUCAGUGAAAGUUCAUGACUGAAGGCUCCAGAAAUGCUGCUUCUGUUUCAGCUUGCUGAAGGCAGGGUCAUAAUUGGGCAUAAAAAUGAAUUCAUGAAUCAUCUUGUCUUGUUGAUUCGUGGGCAGGGAACACCUUCAUGGUAAACAAGACCAAAGAAACAUGUGAGAAUGAUAUCAGUGCCAGUUUCCUGGCCCCAGGGAAACCUUUGUCAUAUGGAAGUCCUCCAAGAUAAAGCUGCAUAAAACUGGAAUGAACUAUCUCUGUACAGUUCACGGAAUGUGAUGUUGAAAUAAUUUUAUCAGAAUCAACAGUGACUCACAUGAACUCAUGCUCACUAUUUCUGCAUUAAAACAGGUCCACAUCUUUAUCUCCUGUACUUGUCAUACCUGUUGACUGAAUGAAUGAAUGAAUGAAUGAAUGAAUGUAUGUCUGCAUGGCUAGAGACUCUUAGAGGAUUGAAGCACAACAUGCUGAUCAGGAUAUCUUUUGUAGGGUCAUUAUCUGAUUGAAUGUACCACAUGAAUGUCUCAAUGGACUUAUGCACAGAAAGCUUUAUACAUUUUGUCACUUUUUUUGGUUUUGUGUGUGUCAUUUCUAACCCCAUAUUCUGUCCUUGUUAACACACAAAAAAAGAAUAAAACUGUGAAUAAUGGCAGCACUUGGUUUAUUUUCUUUCAACAUUAAAACA